AUGGGCAGCACGCGUUUUCCCGGUGGGGCUUUGCCCGCCUGGACAGCUGCCACCGGUAACUCCAGUGCUUGGUGGCCCUCGGCCAGCAGCCCCACCGCGGCCCCCAACGCUAGCCUGGACAUCUCGGGGGGCGACAGUCGGAACGAGGAGCUGGCCAAGCUGGAGAUCACCGUGCUGGCUGCCACUUUCGUGGUGGCUGUGCUGGGCAACAGCAGCGUACUUCUGGCCCUGCACCGCACCCAGCGCAAGACCUCUCGCAUGCACCUCUUCAUCCGCCACCUCAGCCUCGCCGACCUGGCCGUCGCCUUCUUCCAGGUGUUGCCCCAGCUGUGCUGGGACAUCACCUACCGCUUCCGCGGCCCCGACGGCCUGUGUCGAGUCGUCAAGCAUCUGCAGGUCUUCGCCAUGUUCGCCUCGGCGUACAUGCUGGUGGUGAUGACCGCCGACCGCUACAUCGCGGUGUGCCACCCGCUGAAGACCUUGCAGCAACCUGCCCGGCGCUCCCGGGUCAUGAUCGCCGCUGCCUGGGCGCUGAGCUUCGUGCUCAGCACGCCCCAGUACUUCAUAUUCUCCAUGAUCGAGGUCAACAACAUCACCAAGGCCCGCGACUGCUGGGCCAACUUCAUCCAGCCCUGGGGGCUCCGCGCCUACGUGACCUGGAUGACCGGCGGCAUCUUCGUGGCCCCGGUUAUCAUCCUGGGCACCUGCUACGGCUUCAUCUGCUACCACAUCUGGCGGAACAUCCGCGGCAAGACGUCCACGGUGAAGAGCAAGCAAGAGGAGGAAGCGGCCGCCGGCGCCUUGCGCAAGGGGCUCCUGUUGGCCCCCUGUGUCAGCAGUAUCAAGUCCAUUUCUCGGGCCAAGAUCCGCACCGUGAAGAUGACAUUCGUGAUUGUGACAGCCUACAUCGUGUGCUGGGCGCCCUUCUUCGUGGUCCAAAUGUGGUCCGUCUGGGACCAGCAUUCCUCCUGGACUGAUUCUGAAAACCCUGCUAUUACCAUCACUGCUUUACUGGCCUCCCUGAACAGCUGCUGCAACCCCUGGAUUUACAUGUUUUUCAGUGGCCAUCUUCUACAAGACUGUGUACAGAGUUUCCCCUGCUGUCGAAAAAUGAAGCAGCCAUUGAACAAAGAAGAUUCUGACAGUAUGAGCAGAAGACAGACUUCCUUCACUAACAACCGAAGCCCCACAAAUAGCACCGACACCUGGAAAGACUCCCCUAAGUCAUCCAAGUCCCUCAGGUUCAUUCCCGUCUCAACCUGACUCCUCUAUCUUUAUGCAGUGAGACUUCUUUGAGUGACAGUGGAAAACUUUCGGUGGGUGAAGCUAGGCAUCAUUGCAGCAUAAGAACCAUCUGAAAUGCAAUUGAAGUGUUCAGUGUAGUAUUUCUAGAGAGCUUCUCUCGCUGCUGCGAACAAAGGCUAUAAAUAAUUUUGUAGGAACUGUUAUCAAAAACUCACUUUGCUGAAAUCUGGGAAAGUGAUCCCUCCCGACAGAAUUGAAGUCAUUUUUCUAAAGCAAAAAUUAUCAUUGCAAAAUUUCUCCCUCCAUCCCUCCUUCCUUCCUCCCUCCCCACCCUUCUUGCCUUUAUUCUUUUUCUAUUUAUUCCCAAAGUAACUAAUGCAUGGUCAGUUUAAUAUAAUACUCAUUUAAUUUAGAGGCAUGACUUUUGACUCAUAACAAGCCACCCACCCCUGAAAGAAAUUAGAAAAGGCUUCAAAGGAAUCAUGCUUCAGGCAAUGUCCUCUGCUGGCACAGGAAUAAGUUGAGGACAGACAUCCUAGAUCCCUCUCAUCAGCCUUAUACAAAAAUGGAGCCUAUGCAACUUGAGAUCAGGAACUAUGGAUGAACAGCUAAAUCCCUACACUAGGGAGCAAAGCUUACUACAUUAACAUAUUUCAGACCCUUCCCAUGGCAGAAAUGGAACAUGAUGGCUGUCUAGUGGUGUUUUCACAUAUGAAGAAAUUCUUAAAACCAUUUUUUAAAAAGCUACAGGAGUAGGUAUUUAAAGUGAGAAUUUCAGAAGUCAUUGAGUCCAACGCCCUGCUUCUCUUUUUUUUUAAAGAGAUAAGCAAAGUGAGACCAAGAAAUGUUAAAAGACUUGCCCCAAAUCAUACCAAUACUAAGUGUCAAAACCAAGAAGAUUUGAACCUCAGACCACACAUUAAGCACUCUUUUUUUCCAACACCAAACAGAAACAAAGAGAUUUCUGUACUAUAUGGGAAGCUGACACUUUUGGUCUUUGCUUCUUUCGAAUAGUAAGAUUCAAAGUUCCCAAAAGAAUAACAUGGAAUAUGGAUUUAUCCCCUGACACCGAAAUUGCCUUGGCCUUUGCUUUUGGGCCCAGACCCCUCUUGCCACUUGGCAUUUUCAUAGCACUGGUGCACUAAGAGCUGUACUGUUUAUUUUUAUCCACUAAUAUGGAUGGUUUAGUGUCUGGGCUAUCAAAAUUCUAAAAUGCAAAUAUAGCUCUGCUGAUUCAUCAGGAAAAUGUUUCCAAUGGGCAGGAAAAUGAUUCAUUUUGAAGCAAAGUCUUCUGGCUUAAGGUAAGAAAUGCUUACCUUUGGAGAUAGGUGAAUUAAAGACCUAAACCAUCCAUUUAGUUGAUUUCUGAACAAAGGCAAAUUAUAAUUUGGCUUUUUCUGUUUACAUAGCAUCUAUCAUUAGGGGAGCUCAGUGUGCUUUUUGGCCCAUUAUAAUUGCCUCCUACCCUCCUCAUGGAAAUGAUGCCAGGGUUUUAUGAAGCAUUGUAAAUACUUUGGGUUCCUUAGAGGCAAUGAUAUUUGCUUUCGACAUUAUUGUUGCAUGUGGACGUGUGUGUUUGGUAUGAGGAAAGCUAUUUUUGCCCUCUUUGUAGAUAAGGAACUAGGGCAUAGGAGAGAGGAAGCAUGACUCUGGGUGGAAACAUAUCAUCUUGCCUCCUCUUCAUUCACCUGCCAUUCCAAAUCCUUAAUUGUUUUACUCCCUGAGAUGCUGUGUAUUAUGGGGGGGGGGGAAGAGGAAGAGAUAUUGGGGGGAGGGGUGGUGAGAGCAAUUUAUGAAUAUCAACCCUUAAGCUAUCACAGUUCUGUUUUCUCAAGGUUAUGACUAUGUUUCUUUAAAAAGCUGUGUUCAAGCAGGUGGGUGCAUACUGUGACGCUAUCCUACAGGUGAAAACACUGUGUAACAAGACCCUAUUCAUACUUCAGUAAACAUAAAACCACCAUUUAACAUUUUGAUUGGAGUUUAAAAAUUUUGGAGGGGAGGUGGGGGGGGGAGAGAGAGAAAGAGAGAGAGAGAGAACAAACACUUCCAUAAGCAAAAUAAAAUAGAGGAUUAAUAUAUUGCACUUUUGAUUGUCAGCCAAGAUAAACUUUCCCAGAACUAAACUCCACUUUGUAAUAAAGUUAUACAGGGAUCUUCCAGUGUAGACUCUAUUUUAACACGUUUACACAUGUAGAUGCAAUAUAUUCCCUUCCCCUAAACAAGACAAUUUAAUUUGGGUCUUGCCUUCCAGGAAUAUGAAAGAAAUAAAAGACACAGGUCAAUUUAUGCAGUAUAGUUCUACUUUUCACAUGAAGCAAUAUGAUAUAAUGUAAAAGUGCUAGACUGAAAGUCUGGAGAACCCAGUUUUAAUUCUGGACAAUUCAAUCAAUCUCUCUGGUUCUAAGUUUCUUCAAUUGUAAAAUGUGGCCUCAAUCAUCUCUAAAGUACUGCCUGGCUGCUCCAUAAUUAUGUGCCAUGAUAAUAGCAACUCACAGCUAUGUAGUGCUUGAGAGGUUUAAAAGCAUUUUCUUCACAGCUCUCCUUCUGAGAUCAGUAAUAAGGUGUCUUCAUAGUGUGUGUGUGUGUGUGUGUGUGUGUGUGUGUGUGUGUGCGCGCCCUUUCAAACAAGACAGGCAAGCAGAAUAUUAUCACUUGGAGGAAUACAAGGUGUCCCAAAAGCCUUAGUGCAGGUUUAAGCUAUUAAAACUUGAAGCCAUUAAGCUAUUAAAGUUUACAUAGGCUUAAAACUGCACUAAAUUUUUAGGAACACCCUACAUUAGCUAUUUUCAAAAAAAAAGACAAAAGAAUAUACUCUUUUGUCUUGAGUGAUUUGGUUGUGAUUUGAGUACAAAUUGAAGACUUGAGGGCAAAGAACAAAAUUCAUUGUUUUGGAUGGGGGGGAUGGAACAAGCAUAUUUGUGAUGUCCAUUUGAACAUGGAAAACAGGAUGUUUUAUUCAUAGGAAGAACAUGUGUUUGGGAACAUUUAUCUAAGGAAACUUUAAAAUGCUAAGUAAAUAAAUAAACAGUGAGGGCAUGGGGCAUGAUGAAUAACCUCAGAAUCAGAAAAACCUGGGUUCAAGAGCCACUGAUACAUGCUGGCCAUGAGACCCUAGGAAAGUCAUCAAACCUCUCAGUGUCCCUGAUAACUGCCCGAGACUUAGAAGUCACAGAGAAGGUGCAGAAUUGCAUUAGUAGAAGGAGUUUCUUCUCCAGGUGAUCCCUGGAAGUUAGGUGGUACAGUAAAUAGGAUGCUGGGCCUUAAGUCAGGAAGACCUGAGUUCAAAUCUAGCCUCAGAAACUUAUAAGCUCUACAACCAAAGUCAGUUUCUUCAGCUUAGCAGUGAUUAGCAUAGAGUAGGUUUAAUAGUAAAGGUUUGUUUCCCUUCCCUUUACUGACAAAGUUAUUGAUCUAGACAAAUGUAUGUGUAUGUGUAAAUAUGCAUGUAAAAUUCUUUUAUUUUCUUUCAUUAAUUAAUAUUUAGGAAUUAUAUGUAGAAUAUUUAGGAAUUACAUUAAUAUGUAUAUAUAAUUCAAUGAAUGCUUGAGAUAUAUACAUAUGCGUGUAUGGUAUGAUGACUCUUAUGAUACUGUCAUGAUAAAGACUUAAGUACAUGUAUAUAUGCAUAUAUAUUAGAAUGAAAACUAGUGGGGAAGAACAAAUUCAUUGCUUUGGGGAAGGGGAUAUGUGUGUGUGCGUGUGUGUAUGUAGUUAUUUAGUGAUUAGUCAAAAUCUUGAGCACUUGUAAGUUUGAUAACUGUCAAAAAUAUUAUUUGGGUCCUACCUUUAAUAAAUUUAAAUGAAGCUGCUUGGUCUACUAAUA